CAUGGUGGUGGCCGCCGCCCCCUCCUCGGCCCCGGCGCCGCGGCCUCCCCGCCGCUCCUCGCCAGUCCGGUCCGGAGCGGCGGCUCCGGCGGGGAUGGUGUCGGGCCGGGGCGGCGGGGGAAGCCCUGCGGGCGGCGGGCGGGGUAGAGGGGCAGGCGCGGCCCGGCCUCGGCGCCCACCGCCCGGGAGCCGCGGAUCUCUUUGUCUGGGCGGCCUGGCUGCCCUGCCGGGCUCGCUGGAGCGGGAAAAGGGCGGCCGGGCCCGGGCGCGCUGCACCGCGGAGCCCUCGGGGCCGGCAGCCGCCGGGGCCGCGGCAGAGCGGACGGUCCGAACAGGGUUAACCCGGGAGCCCUCCCCGUCCCGCUUGGGGCUGCCACGGCGACUGCCUCGGCGUCGGGGACCGGAGCCCUGUGGGGACGAAGCCUGCCACUCUGGAUGCUGGGACCUGCUUUUGGGACUGGGCCGCCGGGAUCCGCGGGUGCAUGGCUUCGGGGAAAGUUGAGAGUUUGGCCAGGUCCCCUCCGCCUGGGCACUGUUCGUGUGUCCUGAAGCGUGCUUCGCUGAAGCUCUCUUACCGGGUGCCUAGCCUCAUGGGUGCAACGUGAAAACUGAAACCAAAGGAAUGAUGCAGGCCCGCUUUGUGUGUGUGUUUUCCCACUUGACGCUUGUUUGCAGUACACAUAACUUGCUUUAAACCUGAUUGGACUGUGGCGAGCAGACAUCUGUCCCGAGGAGGGGCAGAGACCUCAGUGCUUCUGAAGGGGGCUUGGUGAUGUGGAAGUAUUUUAAGUGCUCUCUGGACAAUGGUUUGCUGUCUGGAUUCAGAUGUCCCUGGUAGAUUUGGGAAAGAAGCUUUUAGAAGCGGCACGAGCAGGUCAAGAUGAUGAAGUUCGUAUUUUGAUGGCAAAUGGAGCUCCUUUUACUACAGACUGGCUGGGAACUUCUCCACUUCACCUGGCAGCACAGUACGGGCAUUAUUCCACCACAGAAGUACUACUUCGAGCUGGUGUAAGUAGGGAUGCCAGAACCAAAGUGGACCGAACACCCUUACAUAUGGCAGCUUCUGAGGGCCAUGCCAGCAUUGUAGAGGUUUUGCUUCAGCAUGGUGCUGAUGUCAAUGCAAAGGACAUGUUAAAGAUGACAGCUCUACAUUGGGCCACAGAACACAACCAUCAAGAUGUGGUGGAGCUUUUAAUCAAAUAUGGUGCUGAUGUACACACGCAGAGUAAAUUCUGUAAAACUGCAUUUGAUAUUUCAGUAGACAAUGGGAAUGAAGAUUUAGCAGAGAUAUUACAGAUUGCUAUGCAGAAUCAAAUCAACACAAACCCAGAGAGUCCCGACACUGUGACGAUACAUGCUGCAACACCACAGUUUAUCAUUGGACCUGGAGGGGUGGUGAACCUAACAGGUCUGGUAUCUUCAGAAAAUUCAUCCAAGGCAACAGAUGAAACAGGUGUGUCUGCUGUUCAGUUUGGAAACUCCUCUACAUCAGUAUUAGCUACAUUAGCUGCCUUAGCUGAAGCAUCUGCUCCCUUGUCCAACUCUUCAGAAACUCCAGUAGUGGCUACGGAGGAAGUAGUUACUGCAGAAUCAGUGGAUGGUGCAAUUCAGCAAGUAGUUAGUUCAGGGGGUCAGCAAGUCAUCACAAUAGUAACGGAUGGAAUCCAGCUUGGAAAUUUGCACUCCAUUCCAACCAGUGGAAUAGGCCAGCCCAUCAUUGUGACCAUGCCAGAUGGACAGCAAGUAUUAACAGUACCAGCAACGGACAUUGCUGAAGAAACUGUUAUAAGUGAAGAACCACCAGCUAAGAGACAAUGUAUCGAAAUAAUUGAAAACCGGGUGGAAUCUGCAGAAAUAGAAGGAUUGAGCCCGCAACCCAGGCAUGUGCUCUUGACCGGGAAUGGAACCGGCAACCUCCUGGUGCACCAGAUGAUGCCCAACCAACUGAACCACACUGGCCAGGGCAAGGAGAGAGAAGCUCUUCAGAAACAGCUGGAUGAAGCAAACCGAGAGGCCCAAAAAUAUCGACAGCAGCUUCUAAAGAAAGAACAGGAAGCAGAAGCCUACAGACAGAAAUUAGAAGCAAUGACUCGUCUUCAGACUAAUAAAGAAGCUGUUUAGUUGAAAUGAACAUGUAGUUUGAGUUACUUUUGGUCAAGAAAGAAUACAGUCUUGAACUGUACACAGUAAGGUGCAGUCACGGAAAGACAGGAGGCUAGAAGAGACUACAGAUUGAUAAUUGGACUAUAAAGCCAUGUGGUCUGAAUCCUUGUAACAUAAAACUUUUGAAGUUGUCAAAUGUAUUUAAAACUGAAUUCUGUAAAUAGUUUUUGUUUUUUUUUACAGUUCUAAAUGAGUUGAUAAAGAUUGUUGAAGAGAUCCAAAAACACAAUAAGCCACUGUUUUUGUGAAUUCUUUUUGAUUUUAGUACGAACGAACCUUAAUUUCUCAGAAACAGAACAGUUUUAAGGGUGAUCGUUGAUUAGACCAAAUGUGUCAUAAUUAUGUGGUGGACUGAUACUGGAAUUGCUCCUGUAGGUUAAAGCUUCUGUAUGAAGAGAUUUCUCCCAGGAAAUGUUUGUACAGCUUUAAGUUGUCUCAGAUUCUCUGAAAACAUUUUUUAGAAAACAAAUUUUUAUAUUUGUUCAACUUCAGCUAUACCCAAGUAGAUUUACAUGUAUAUGAAGCAAAUAUUUUUUAAACUUUGUGUUUGUACAUAUUCUGCAUGUUUUAUAAUUUCAAAAUGUAUCACUUGUAUAGGUAUUUUCCCCACAAAGAUGAUGAAAGUUAUUAGGGGAAAACCCUCCUUUUAUUCUGUAGGUCAUCUUAGCUAAGUAAACUAGCAGCUGGUUUUAUUGGAAUGAUAGUGUUCUUGGAAGGAGCAGCUUACAAGAUAACUUGAAUUUGCAAACUACAAAAUCUAUGCUUUUUUGAAAAUUUCAUAGUGGGGACGUGAAACUGUAUUCUGUGCCUUCCAUCAUGAUUUCCACAUGAAAGCACUUUAAGGCAGUAUGUUUUAAGAUAAUGUUUUUGGAAAACUCAAAGCAUAUGGGUUUCUGAAAUAUUUCAUGGACUCAUUCCCCUCCCUUCCCCAGGAAAUUAUUCUUAUGGAAAAAAAUGCUUUUGUAUGUAGAACAAGAACUUUUUGUACCACAGUGAUGCUAUAGAGAUGUCUACCAUAACUUUUACUUUUCCCUGUGAAAGCUGUAUGUCUGUGCUGCGACCGCUCUCAUCACAAUAUUGUCGAAUUCCACAAUGUAUGAACAUUACAUUCUGACAUACUGUUCAUUCUUUUUUUGUAAAAUGUAACUUCAUACAGUUUUUCUUGCUUUAUUUCUUGCAUUAAUGUUUUAUUGCUUUAUGAAAAUGUUUAACCCUAAGGCCCUUCUAGAUGAUCUAUACUGUAAAAAGAAGCAAUUACCCUUAAGAAGCAAUUACUCUGGCCUACUUUUCUAUUUUACAAUUAAAUAUCUUUUCCACAUA